AUGAUUGAGGAUAAGAAUUGGGGACCUUUGAGACAAGAGCAACGAGACGACCGGGUGCGCAAGAGUCCGAGUAUAAUUAUGGUCCUCCCUCUUUCAAUAAUGAACAGCGUCCUUCUUUCCUCGAUUAAGGUGUGGCCUGAGGGUAGAGGAUGCGCAGGGUCUGUCAAUCAGUCAGGGCUGAUGCUGUCUUGUCGUCCAGGAGGUUGUCGACCUUGGGAUCUGGUCGUGGUCCGAUUGGGAGAGGGGAGAAGGAGGAAGAGGGAAGGAGGAGCAGGUGUGGAGGAAAAAGGUGAAGUGAGUGAGGAUGAUGUUGGAGAAGUGGUGAUGGUCAGGCAGCCCCGGGUAGAAAAGAAGCAGGCGCCAAGGGGAGGGAAGCGAAGGGAAAGAGACAAGGCCAGGGAAGAAAGUGGACAAGCGAGUGAGGUGGAAUUGGUGGUUGGUGCCGAGCAGCAGCAGCAGCAGCAGCAACACGCAGAAUGCAAUUCGUAA